CCAUCUAGACACGUGGAAGAAGAAGCAAAAGUAACGGUGAGCGAGUAGAACAUACACAUACAUAAACAUGCAUUAAGUUGUGAAGUGGUGCCAACUUUUCUUCCCAAAACUUAAUUACGACUCUCUCAAAUCUCCAUUCAUAUACCCUUUAUCUGUUUUUAUAUAUAUAUAGAUUCCUUUUCUGUCUAUAUAUAAACUGUGAUAUAUAGAAUAUAGAAUAGUAAUGGAGAAUAAAAGGGUGAUGAUUUUGAUGAUGGUGAUGAUAUUAUUAAUAACUAAAUUUGGGUGUGGAAAAGCUGAAUUACAUUACGUUGGAGGAGGAAAGAGUAAUUGGGCUCCCAACAUCAACUUCUCCCAUUGGUCUUCUCAACAGACCUUUCACUUGGGUGAUUGGCUAUAUUUUGGAUAUAACAAGUACCAAUUCAAUGUGCUGGAGGUAAACGAAACAAGCUAUGAAAAAUGCAUUGAAAAAGAUUUUAUAAAGAACAUAACAAAGGGAGGACGAGAUGUGUUUCAGCUGACUGAGCCUAAAACCUACUACUUUCUCUCCGGUGGAGGCUACUGCUUCGGUGGAAUGAAAGUCGCCAUUGAUGUUGUCCACAGUGGCCCCCCUCCUACUCCCGCCCUUGCCCCCGCUACUAAUCGCUCCUCAAUGGCGGCGGUUCCUUCCAUUACCGGCCAUGUCAUCACUCCUCUUCUGCUAAUUCUUAUUCUCACUUCACCUUUCCUCUAUGUGGACUUUCUUCAUUAUAUAUUUUAGUUAAUUGAUAUUUUGCUUCUUCUUAAUAUUUGUGAUUUGAUGUAAUUUCAUCUUUAUUAUUUUAGAGAGAGAUAUGGCUUUUGUUAUAUAUCUUAUGGUUAAUUUAUUUUCAUUAUUGAAA